AUCGCAAUCCGCUCGCUAUCAUGGCGAACCACUACGACAUCCCCAGUUGGGCUGGAAAGCCGCCAACUGGACUCCAUCUCGAUGUCACCAAGGACGAAAAACUCAUUCAAAAACUGAUGAUCGACACAAAGAAAUGCUACCUUUUUGGCCGCAAUCCGCAGAUGAAUGAUUUCUGCAUAGAUCACGCGUCCUGUUCCCGGGUGCACGCAGUCCUCAUUUACCACAAGCACCUUGAUAGGGCCUUUCUCGUUGACUUGGGCAGCACGCAUGGCACUUACAUCGGCAGCAUUCGACUUGAGGGUAACAAGCCGACUCAACUGCCCAUUGACAGCACCUUCCACUUUGGCGCAUCGACCAGGAUGUACACCAUCAGGGAACGUCCACAGGCAGCUCCAAGACCGAUCAUCGAAGAGUUGGAACAAUCGGCAGAAGAGGCCGAGGGUGGACUUUUGGGUCUUCCAGAGACGGAAACUGAGCUUGAUAAUUUGACUGAAUUUAACACGGCACACAAUCGACGAAUUUCAAUGCUCGGUAUUCCGGACGAAGAGAUUCGCCAGAGCAGAAAGAGGAAGAAACGAGGAGUGACAUUUAAUGAGGACGAAGAAGUAAUCAAUCCUGAGGAUGUUGAUCCGAGUGUUUGGAGGUUCAGGAAUCUCAUCCAGAGUACUGUGGUGCCAGCAAAGCGCCAACGAGUUGAAGGUGGUUUGAUGGGCGACGUAGGGUUGCGUUUGCCAGGCCACCACCCCAGUCAUCACCAAAUCCUGGGCGGCGGAAUGAGCGCGUCCAACCUUUACCAAGACUUGCCACCAGAAACUCACACACCAGGGUCUUCCGCACCUGGCAGCCUCUUCUCCUCCUCGCUUGCCACAAAACUGGGCAUCCCCUUGCCCAACCCUGCACCAGACGUCGAGGUUGCGCCUCCACCACCUCCUGAGGCGCCCAAGAGAAUUGCGGUCGGACCUGCCAGGCCGCCGGGUGCCGAGCCGGCUGGUCCUAGCAUGGAACCCAAGAAGAAGAAAUAUGCCAAGGAGGCCUGGCCGGGCAAAAUGAAGCCCAUGCCUGGACUCUUGAUGUAAAUUAUUUUAUUGCAAAUAAGGUCAGUAUUGUGAAUAAUUACGAACACAGCUGUGGUAAAUUUUGCAAACAACAAGUGCUGGAAGUUUGCUUCCAAUAAGUGAUUUGGCCUGCAUAAAUACAUUUAAUGUACAUCUUUAUUGACUAUACCGUGAUGUAAAUAAUAAAAUUCUUGCUUGAAUUAAAAAAAAAAAUAAUAAUGAUGAUUUUGUAAAUAUUUUCAUGAGACUCCAUUAGGAGAUUAUUCAAGAUUAGAUUAUAAUAUUUUUUCUGUUUUUACUAAAAAAUUAUCAAAUUUGCAGGAUGUUUCAAGUUUCCUUGGGUACAUAAAUAACAUAAUAUAAGACACACCACACACCCUUAAGGAUUUGCCGUAGUUUUUUCUCCAAUUAAAUAUUAAAAUAUUCAAUUCUGUCCAUUUCCACUGCUGAAACUUAUGAAUAAGGGUACCUGCCAAGAUCUUUAUUCAAAUUUUAUAGAGUAAAUAUUAUCUAAUUACACUUUUGUCGGAACGAAAUAUUAAAGUAUCUUAAUAAACAGGAGCCCCUAAAGACUUCAAGGAAAAU